AUGGAUAUCUGGGAGUCGGUCGGCGGCCAAUGCGAGAAGCUCAGGACGCCGUCGUAUCUGGAGCUCUCCGUUUCCAUAUUCAUCCUCAUAGGGCUCUUGAUAUCGUACCUUCCCCAGCACUACCGCAUCAUAUCCAGAGGAACUGCCGAGGGCAUAUCGCCGUACUUUGUCCUCCUCGGCACGACCUCGGCGACGGCGGGCUUCGCCAACAUCCUCACCGUGCCGCCUUCUCGCGAAGUCAUCGGCUGUUGCAAAGAGAUUGAGGCCUUUGGAUGCGUCGCUGGCCUGCUGGGUGUUGCCCAGCUCGGCGUGCAGUGGCUGUGCUUCUGCCUCAUCCUCGUCUUGUUCCUCGUCUUCUUCCGAUACAGAGAGGCCAACGUGCCGCAGGAGGAGCUCGGGGGAGAGUCACCUAGAUGGCAGACGGCCAUCGUGGUCGGUCUCGUCUGCGUGCUCCACGGGCUGAUAACCAUCAUCGUCACCGGCUUCUUCGCCAUUGCCCUCCCGACCCACCUCACGACAUGGGCCAACUCUAUGGGAGUCAUGGCCGCCGCCCUCGCGGCCAUCCAGUACGUGCCGCAGAUCUGGAUGACGUACCACCUGAAGCACGUCGGAAGCCUGAGCAUUCCGAUGAUGUGCAUCCAGACCCCCGGCGGCUUCAUCUUUGCCGCCAGCCUGUAUGCGAGGCUCGGCCCGGCGGGUUGGAGCACGUGGGCCAUAUAUCUCCUCACGGCAUCGAUGCAAGGCGCCGUGCUUGUCAUGGGAGUGUACUACGAGAUUGCCGCUCGGCGACUCGACGGCGCCGAGCAGGGCGUACACGGUGGCCGUUCGUCGGCGAGCGUCCCGCGCCGGCCGUCGGCCAACAGAACCUACUCCGAGGGUUGGGAACGCGGACUGCCGGGUCCCUUUACGGGACACCCAGAGCGCUAUGCGGAUACCGAGGAAGAUCUAGACCAGAUACAGGCUCGCGAGGAGCGGGCAAUUGCGCGGGAGAAUCAGCCACUGCUGCGACCGGGCGGAAUUGGAAAUCCCCACAGGAACUACGAUGCGACCCGCGAUUGA